AUGGUGAAGGGGCGGCUCAAGGAUCCUGACGUCGCUACUACCCUCCUGCCUACCUUCACCACCACCACGUCGCACGACCGGGCCACGGCCGCUAUAGCGUUUCUGGGGACUAUGCAGGAGUAUUUCGGCUAUGGGAUUGACUUCGGUUGCAGCUUUCCGUCCAUGACGCUGUUGGGCGAACAAAAUGACUGGGCCGACAUGCUUCGACGGAUGGCCUGGUUUGAGGCUAUCCGCCACGAGAAAACUACGGACUGGACUUGGACAAGGGAUGUCAAGCACUUUUGGAGGCGCGCGGUCCACGAGGCCGACACAGGCAUGUCGGGCGGGCUGGUGACGCUGUCGGGGUGGUUGACGGCUUUUUGUUGGUGGGGGGCGGACGGCAAGAUAGUGCAGAACUAUAGUGAUGAAGAGCUGUCUGACCAUGGGCAUGAGGCGGGCGGCCUUGACGGAUAACGGAGAUUGACGUUGGACAGCGCCGAAUUCCCGGCAUGGAACGGGAGAAGGUCCCGCUAGGUUUUUUGAGAGUCCCGUUGACAUUGUACCAGGAUGAGUAGGCCCUAAGGAAGCUGCGCUGUUGGUUGGGUCGAUAGGGAUGCAGGUGAUGAAGGAAAAUGGCGGAACUGCGCACAACCUGCUUCAGCAUGGUGGUUGUUGUCGAACUCGGAGAGGUUGGCGAAGUUCGUACGGAGGUAACAGUAGCCCAGGCGUUCAAUGCGAGAAGGGCGAUGGGGCUGAACAAAUGGCCGCCUGGCUCAGAGGAGCCAGUCGGGAACGGCUACAAACAGUGACGUGAAGACAGAAUAACACAGCCCACCAUACGCCAAACCAGGCAGAGGUGCUCUCUUGUCUUCAUGUUGUUAGCCCGCUCUCACCAACGGAGGCGUCAUGACCAGGCUCGUGUUCUUACUGUCGAAUAAAUCUAUAGGAUAUCAAAGGAAGAG